GACUUGGCUGCGGCAGAGAGGGCUCGUAAACAGGCCGAGACAGAGAGAGAUGAGAUGUCUGAGGAUCUGGCCAGCAACUCUGGAAAGUCUAUGAUGUCCGAUGAGAAGCGUCGUCUGGAGGCUAAGAUCAGCCAGCUAGAGGAAGAGCUGGAGGAGGAGCAGGCCAACAUGGAGAACCUCCACGACCGCCUCCGGAAGACACAGCAACAGGUGGAUCAGUUGAGCAGUGAGCUGCAGGUUGAGCGUAGUUCCUCCCAGAGCAGUGAGGGCGCCAGACAGCAGCUCGAGAGGCAGAACAAGGAUCUGAAGAUCAAGCUACAGGAGAUGGAGGGUCAGGGGAGGUCAAAGUUCAAAUCCUCCAUCGCCGCCCUGGAGGCCAAACUACACCAGCUGGAGGAGCAGCUGGAGCUGGAGAACAGAGAGAGACAGACCAGCGCUAAAGCAACGCGUCAGAAAGAGAAGAAACUGAAGGAUCUGACCAUCCAGAUGGAGGAAGACAGGAAACAGGCAGAGCAGUACAAGGACCAGGCGGAGAAGGCUAACGUGCGUGUGAAGCAGCUGAAGCGUCAGCUGGAGGAGGCGGAGGAGGAGUCUCAACGGGUUGCCGCGGGACGCAGGAAGUUACAGAGAGAACUGGACGAAGCCUCCGAGGCCAACGACGCCAUCAGCAGGGAGGUGUCGGCCCUAAAGAGCAAACUCAGGCGAGGAGGAGGGGAGUCAUCUUUCAGCAGCAGUCCUCGUCGCGUGGGGAGCAUUGGGAAUGUCAGCCUCAGUCGGACCGGGAGCCGGAGGAGCAGAGCUGGGGAUAAUGAAGGGAAUGGUGGGAAUUCUGAGAACACAAACAACGUUCCAGAAGAGGACGAGCCUCUGUUCUUGUCCACCCCGCCUCCAGAGGACAUCAGCGGAACCCUGACGGAAGAGUAG